UUGUGGCGGUCAUUCCCGCAGAGGCGAUGGCCUUUUUCGUCAAGAACUCUCUUGUCUCAUACAGGACACUCUCCCCCGCAUUCGGUAUCGCGACAGUGGCACAAAAGAGAGAAAUAGAUUUUAAAAGGCGUCAUUCUUCCCCGGCUGGGUGUUGACCGUGGGCUCCCUGUGUGGAUCAUUGUUGAAAAAGUAGGAGGAGGAGAACAACACGCGUCGUGGAGAGAACGAUUGAGGGAUUUUCUUACCAUCUCUUCACCCACUCGCCACACUCUGCUCUUUUGGCUCGUUUUGGAUUAGGCACCCAAACUUUUUACGCAUCGCUUUUACGCACCAUCAUAAGGAGACGCCACCGACACAAAAUGUUGUCGUAGUCGAGUAUUUUACCGAGUAACACGAUGUGACGUCUUUAUCUUGUUCAUUAACUUAAAAGUGCGGAUCUCUAAAGCUCAAGGAUGCCGAUUGAUAACUUGACAAACAUGGAGGAAAAACUGUGGAUAUUGCAGGACCUCAAUAUGAUGUACAUCCGUCAGAUUGCUCUCAGUUUGCAGGGCUCUACGUUAAAAACAAAAAUGACUUGCCCAUGGGGAAUCCUUAAGGACAGUGACAUACAGAAAAAAAUCGACCAUGAGAUCAGGAUGCGUGACGGAGCCUGCAAGCUGCUGGCUGCCUGCUCGCAGAGGGACCAGGCCUUGGAGGCGGCCAAGAGUCUGCAGACGUGCAGCACCCGCAUCAUGGCCUACAUGUCUGAGCUGCAGAAGAUGAAAGAGGCUCAGGUUAUGCAGAAGGUCACUCGGAGGUCAUCGGAUGCUGGUCCCAUGGACGACAGACUUCCAUGUAAAGGGAAAGUGGCCAUAUCAGAUCUCCGUAUUCCUCUCAUGUGGAAAGAUACAGAGUACUUCAAGAACAAAGGAGAGCUCCAUCGCUGUGCAGUGUUUUGUCUCCUGCAGUUAGGAGGCGAGAUCUUUGACACGGACAUGGUGAUAGUGGACCGCACACUUACAGACAUUUGCUUUGACAACACCAUUGUAUUCAAUGAAGCUGGCCCAGGGUUUGAGCUGCGUGUUGAGCUGUACAGCUGCUGCUCAGAGGAGGACUACUCAGCAGGGAGUACGCCCAGGAAGCUAGCCAGCAAGCUGAGCUCCUCCUUGGGUCGCUCUGCUGGGAAGAAGCUGCGGGCGGCCAUGGAGCCUGGCCCAUGUAGUCCUGUCAGCAAUGGAGGGGCAUCUCCUCUUCUGCUGCCUGUUCCUUCUGUACCGGGCCCUAAGUACCACCUGCUGGCUCAUACCACCCUGUCGCUGUCACACAUCCAGGAUAGUUUCCGCACACACGAUCUCACCAUCUCAGGCAACGAGGAGUGUUCAUACUGGUUGCCUCUCUAUGGAAGUAUGUGUUGCCGCCUUGCAGCUCAGCCUCUUUGUAUGACCAAGCAGAUGAUGAGUGGACCUUUGAAAGUGUCGCAGUUGGGAGGUGACCAUCACAGUUGGACUCGAGUGUACGCUGUCCUGAAAGGAACCAGCCUAUCCUGCUACCAACGACAAGAAGACAUGGAGGACAACGUCGACCCAGCUUUUACUAUUGCCAUCAACAAGGAGACCAGGAUACGCGUCACGGAGAAGGACGCUCAGGGCAAAGCUCAGAACGUUUGCAUUAGUAACCAAUAUGGCGGUGAAGAGGUCACGCAUACGCUGACCACAGACAAUCGAGAGCAGACGCACAGGUGGAUGGAAGCGUUUUGGCAACACUUCUAUGACAUGAGCCAAUGGAAGCAGUGUUGUGAUGACUUGAUGAAAAUUGAGCAGCCGUCACCAAGGAAACCAGCCCCCGUCACUCCAAAGCAGGGCUCCCUUUACCAUGAAAUGGUUAUUGAGUCUUCAGAUGAAUUCGGCAGCAGCGUGUCAGACAUGUUGGCUCGGAGGAUGCAGGAGUUGGAGCUACGCAGCCAGCUGGGCACCUCUCCAACCUGGAUGUCCCUGUUUGAGGAGAACAACCGUAAAAGUGCCGCUCAACCUCGCCCAUGUACCUCUCGCCUGCCGGGCCAUAGUCCUCUUAACGCUCACCGCCACUCCCGGAGCCCCGUGAACCCCCAGCGAGGUCUUCUGUCCUCGGACGCCAGCCUGACAUCGGACAGCGACAGCCACUGCAGCACCAGUCCCUGCUCUCACCACCAUGGCUGGCCCGAACCCUCCCCAAACUUCUCGCUCUUGACAUCCUCCCCCUCUCGCCUGAGGCCUCGUACACUGUCGCUGGAUGCCAAACUCAGUACAUUACGAGGGAGGGGUUACGCAGGCGGUGGGGCCUUUCACUGCCCCUGCCAGCCUCCCGUCUCAUCACGGUCUCCGCUGUCCCAGCGUAGCACGCAGACCACGCUGUCCUGCUCCAGUUCCACCUCCAGUAACAGCUCCAGCAACAGCGAGGGCGGACACAGCCCGGAGUCUUCUGAGUGCACCGCCUUCUCUCGGCCCUCUCCGGCUCGACGAAGCCUUAGGAACCUCAGGGCCAGACUAGACCCCCGCAACUGGCUCCAAAGUCAGGUGUGACAUCCAUAAACAAUCCAUAAGAUUGUUGGAGAGUGGUUCAUAAGCCUCUGCCCGCAAGGACAAACUGGACUGUUCUCAAAGACAAGACUGGUGCCAAUCACUUGCCCCAGUCCGAAAACAUCAAAUGGGAGGUACUCGCCCACUUGGACAGAGUUUGCUGCUUGGGAGCACCCGUCUACCUUCACCGACGUUCAACUGGAAGAUCCUUUUUUUUAACAGUUUGCCUUCCUGGCUUCCCAUUCUUUAUGUCUGAUCAUCCACUUGCAGUGUUUUUGGACUAAACCGUGUGUUUUUUUUUAACAAAACUGUCAUGUAUGCAUGUGAUGGAAUGCAUUUAAAAGGUUAUCUUGCCAAUACUGUGAUGUCUAAAUAUUUAAUGAUAAUAUUCUCACAACUAUGAUCUCCUAACCCUCCUACCACACAUCAUGUUAUGUUGAUGCUUUAUUUUUUUGUAUUACUUUACUGACUUGAGAUGAUUAUGUAUAAGAAUUUGGUCUAUUCCAUUUAACUUAAUUGCACAAUGUGCUGGUCAUUACUGUGUCAAUGUGUCUUCACUUUGGUUAUUUACAUUGGAUAUAAUAGAAGCGGUAUGAGGAUGAAAAGUAUAAUUAGAAGAAAAUUAUUUCGUGCACGAGUCUGUGAGGACCAAGUUGCUCUUUAUUUGACGAGCUGCCAACUCAUUGGAAAUCUCAGCAGGUCAACCCUCAAUAUAACAGUCACGGUGACUGACAGUGUCAUUCUAUGGAGAACGCUAAAAUCAUCACACAGCAACUUAACAUUGAAAAGGUGAAUAAGAAAUAUACAAGUACAACAAGUUUAAAAUAAAACAACUAUUUUAAUGGCUUCCUAUCAUCCAUUUCUGCAAAUAAUUUAAUUGGCCAUGGCUGCUGGGGUCUAUAGGGAGGCUCUUCUGACUCCCUCUGGUGGACAGAGGCAUGAAUGACUCAUUGCAGCGCUUCUGCAUCCAUGGCUAAUGAAAUUCUCUGCUGGGAUGAAAUGCAUGAUGGGAAGCUGUUAAAAUAGUUUUUGUUUCAAUUUUAAACCUGAUAUGCUAAUUGUGUGUGACCUGAGAUUUACAAUGGUAGCGGCUCAUACACCGGAAAUCACAGUAAUUAUUUUCUGUGUGGCCUUAUUACUCCUUUGUAAUAUAGAAACUUGAAUGCACCCCUAAUAAAGUACUGCAUUAAUAGCAUGACACAGUUUAUCCUCCAUAGCAGCUCUGAAUAGAAUCAACUCUAUCAGGAGGAAAAAUAUUUAAAAAAAGAAUAAAUGUCUAAUUCCAUAAGCUUACAGGCCACCUUUUUUAAAUUUAAUAUGAUUUAUCAUGUUCAUUUUUUAACCAGAAAAAACAAUUCCAGUAGUAUUUCAACAGGGCUUUGUUGACUUUUGUCUGCACCAUUUUGUGUACAAGCCACAACAAAGUGAAUUGAGUACAAAUCCAUACUUAAUUCUUCCUCUUUGUCCAAUGCAAUGUGAACAAUAUAUCCAUUCAUUAAUGAUAGGACAUAAACAUAUCUGUAAUUCCCUGGUGGAACAACUUUCUGUAAGACUCAGUAGUUGCUUACACAAAGUAAUAUAGUUUGGUUGCACUUAUCUUGGACAUCCAUUUUUACUGUUACCAUCCCAAAUGCUUGCAAGCAGCAAUUGUUACUGUACUUUAUUUUUCUAAGGUCUAAAGGUUGUUGUUUUUUUUGUUAACAUUAUGAUUAUUUGCAUCUAUAUUGACUGAUACUGUAGAUUUUCAUAAGCUAUGACAUCAUCAUCAUCAUCAUAAGGAGUACUGACUGUUAGAACCUUGCAAGUGUUCUCUCUACUGACAGGCUUUGUGUUCUGCAUGUAAACCAUCCGAGGAGACAUGAGAAAUGUUAGAAUCUAAUACAGUAUGAAUAAUAAUAAUAUUAAUAAAUGUUUUAUUGAUUUAACAAGGACUGCCAUCAGUUUUGUUGAUAUUAAAUAUGUAAUGCAGCCUAUUUUUAUGGAUAAAGAAAAAUAUAUCAACAACUACUCGCAUGUUAACUGAAAAAGCAUUUGGAGAGCGCAGACCUCUGCCAAACGCUAUAGUUCCCCCUGUAUUGUGGU